GAGUUGUUAUCAUUUGAAUCUUGUAUGGUCAACAGUCAAACCAACCCCAAUCGAAAGCCAAAUCAAAAGACUUUGUCUGCAACUGUAGCUCGUGCCUGGGCGACCUGUAUUUACAAUCCCCUAUUUUCUGCUGUCUGUCUUCUUCCAUCAGCUCUGAGACACCGUAAACGCCGAGCUUUCCUGUCGGUCAAAUAUGGGGGAGCAACUAGGACUGCUGAAAGUGAUUGUUGUGCGAGGGAAAAGAUUGGUGAUCCGGGAUUUUAAAACCAGCGAUCCUUAUGUUGUGGUCAAGUUAGGCAAUCAAAUGGCGAAAACCAAGGUUAUAAACAGCUGCCUUAAUCCUGUCUGGAAUGAAGAGCUAAGUUUCAGUCUCGGAGAACCUGUCGGGGCUCUUACACUAGAAGUAUUUGAUAAAGAUCGUUUCAAGGCAGAUGACAAAAUGGGACAUGCUUUUAUUAACCUUCAGCCACUUGUCACUGCUGGUCGAUUGAGUCAUGUUCUUCGAGUUUCUUCUGGGGAGACGGCACUAAGGAAGGUUGUACCAGACGGUGAAAACUGUCUAUCAAGGGAGAGCUUUAUUAGCUCCAUUAAUGGCGAGGUAGUGCAGAGUGUUUGGUUAAGGCUUGGUGGAGUUGAAUCUGGGGAGAUAGAACUAAAGCUCAAGUUAAUUGAUCCUCCUGUUUCUCCUUCAAGUUAGUGCAGAACAGAAGCUCAGCCAUUAGCUUAGGUAUAUAUAGUCCUCUAACUAGUUUCGAAACAUAGAUGAAUGAUCCUCUUUCUGUUUACCAAAUUGGUUCUCGUUCUGGUUGGCGAGUUGGAAUAACCUAGUUGGUUUGAAACUCAUAUGAAGUUCGAUAAGAUGCAACUCCGGGAAACUUCCCCUCCGGUGGGAACUGUAAAUUUUUAUGGAUGGUAUUGUAAUAACCUUUGAUUGUUUGUCUGUUCAAAUGAUUGUAUAAGCUGAACCUGUGAAGUAAACUAUCUUUGAAUGUAUGCUUUUGAAGUUUCAUUUA